CAAAAACAACAGAUCCGAACUCGCACCUUCCGGAUGGAAGAGAAAUGUUCAAGUGUUUUUUACCACACCCGCGCAGUUGGACUUUCGUUCCGCUGGAGCGAGCCCCGGAGCGGGAGCGGGAGCUAGCAAGCGACCACAGCGUUCGUUCCCCCCCAAUACGUUUGUCUGCCGGUGUUGCAGACAAACGUUCUCCGCAUCACGUGUUGAAAAGCAUUAAGCCAUGGCUUUCCAAGUGGGAACAUACGUGCAGAUCAAAGGCUUGUCAAAGAAGCCAGAAUACAAUGGCUUCACUGGCAAGAUCUUCGUGGAAAAGAACGAUGAAGAUCGCUGGGGCGUUGAGUUCUUCUAUGUGGGUCGGAUGAACAGCUUGAAGACCAUCUUAGCAAAGGAGGACAAUUUGGGCUUGCUGUGCGAGCUGCCCAAGCCCUUACCACGAUCAGGCAAAGUGCUUCUUCUUGAUGGUUUUGGCAUGUUUGGUGCUAAAGAGAACUUUGUCACCAAGGCCUUGUUUGCAUCCGACCCAGCGUUCUUCCAGCAGUGUGGUGUAGUUCAUGUGGGCUUGCAGGAUGAGAAUCCCAAAAGUGGCGAAUUGUGCGAGAAGGCGAUUCUGGCUGCCUGUGCAAAUCCUGCAGACUUCCGAGCCAUUGUAGUUUCGGAUUUGAGUGUUAACUGUUAGUUUUGAUGAAGCGCUUCGGUACAUUGCAGGUCCCUUGAAGACUUUUGUCCGCACACACAAGGGAACCGUUUUGUUUCCAACCACAGAGGGUGGGAACUGGUGUGCGAAGUUUCUCGAGCCUGUGUUCAGUGAUGUUGUGGAGUGGAAGUGCAGCACCUAUUUCCGCGCAACCCAUGCAGCAGUGCAAAGGAAUGCAGAAAACGUGGCAAAGUUUUUCCCCGGUAUGCAAUCAGCCAAGUUCUCAGUCAAGGGCUGCAUGCUCGAAAAUGUUCCAACACGGGAGACGUUCUUUGCUACAUCUCAGGACUGCAAGCUUUUUCGUGCUUGGUUUGAUGACUACAAAGCUGAGGAGGACCAGGACGAGGCCCGCACCAGUGCCAUCGUGGCCGUGAAAUCGGGCGGUGCUUUGGGAGGCACCAACCAUCGCAUACUUUGGAGAUGUGAACGCCGAAGAUGAAACACAGACCUUGAUGCUGAAGCUCCUUGCUGAGAGUCCCAUCUCAGUGUCCAUCCCAGAAGGCACGGAUGGCACACGGAUGACACAGACGGUGAGGUGAGUUCGCUUUGGGCAAGGUGAUGUGAUCAUCGAAGAGUUGUCGAAGAAGAGGAGUUCAAAGAAACGCGCAGGGGCCAUUGGUGCUGGAGUGUGCUGGACGUGACCAAGGUCCAGAAUAGGUGAAUGGAUGGGGAAGGUAUGUAUCUAAGAAUUACAUUCAGCCACCAUGACCAACAAAUGUUCAGUCAUUUAAGUGCUGCAUUGAUUGCCGAGACAGAGAGAGAGAGAGAGGGAGCAAGGGGGAGAGAGAGAGAGAGAGAUAGAGAGAGGAGAGAGAGAGAGUUGUGGGAGAGAGGGAGAGAGUUGUGGGACCUUUACCAUACUCUUUUGUUUAACGUCGUUUGCCCAUGAUCUCAUUCAUCAUUGUGUUCCGACAUCAGAGUAUGUGACACCAGGGUUGACGUUCUUGUUCCAUCUUGCGCCACCCCAUUUGGAUUCGCCCAAAGCACGAACAUCAAUCUGUGA